AUGCCACUGAGACCUAUUGGCCAUCCACCCCCUCAUGGACCCCCACUCACCACAACACAGGUUGACACUCGAGUGUCCAGCAUAGACGUCAAGCUAGCGGCGCUCAACUCCGAGCUCUCUGCAUAUCAAACGAAGAUGUCCAAGAUGCGCGACGGGCCUGGCAAGAAUGCACUCCGACAGAAAGCGCUGAAGGUCCUACAACGACGGAAACAAUACGAGUCGCAGCGCGAUCAGCUCUCGCAACAGUCGUGGAACAUGGAGCAGGCGGGCAUGAUGCAGGAUAAUUUGAAGAACGUGAUGACUACGGUGGAUGCCAUGAAGACUACGACGAAGGAACUCAAGAAACAAUACGGGAAGGUUGACGUGGAUAAGAUCGAGCAGAUGCAGGACGAAAUGGCGGACCUGAUGGAGGUCGGGAAUGAGAUCCAGGAGAGUAUCUCUCGGGCUUAUGAUGUUCCUGAGGAUGUUGACGAGUCUGAGCUGGAUGCCGAGCUGGAGGCGCUGGGCGAGGAGUCCAUGUUUGAAAGCAGCAUGGGCGAGAGUGCCAUGCCGAGCUUCUUACAGGAUGAAGUUGCGCCUCCACAGUUCAUUGAUGAGCCGCCCGAGCAACAUAAGGUUAAGGAGGCUGCAGGUGGUCUUGGAUGA